ACCCGCCCCUUUGAGAGGGUUGAAAUCUAGCACACACUUGUUGCUGUUCAAUCGGUAUGGUAUGAAAAAAUACCUCUUCAGACGGGUGCGUCCUAUCAACUCAUCACUUGGAAAGGCGCCUCCCGUGGUAAUCCAGUUCCUGGAGGCUCUCGAAUAAGGCGGGCCUUGAACACUUUCUGCUGAUCCAGUCUGCCUCGCUUUCGUCCCUCUCCUUCUUCCUUCUCUCCGAAACCUUCUAUCAAUCUCAUAUGCUACGACGGAUUCAAAGUUUUCGUCCGGAUUGGCAUCUGAAUAUCCGUAUGGGUUUCUGUCUGGCCGGUUCGCCUCAUGUCCAGUUUCCCCUCAACAUCCAUCACAUCCUUUUUUGGGAUCAAGUUCUGCAUCCGGGAGCUUCCUAAUCAGAAUGGAUUCCUUCCAUCAGUGCCCAUGGAAGAAUUGCGCCCAUUAUCAUGAGCAAGAGCGAGAAUCAGUCGCGAAUGCAAUGCCAUCGCCUGAGCACGAUAUUCAGCUUGACAGUUCAGCCGAUCGCUCACAGGCGGGCUGCAGCGACACUAUGAAAACAUCCGAGACCGCUGCCAACAUCCAACUGAGUAUAUCCACGGAAGAGACGAAGGCCACGGAGGCGACUCCGAUUUCUCAAGCAUUGAAGGUCGAUCAGAAGAAAACGGACGGUGCUUGCCUUCACGAGAAGCCGAAUUACGGAUGGAAGUUAGUCCGCAAGAAAGACCAGAUGUGUUACAUCUGCAAGGACUUGUUGCCAACGUUCAUACUUCAUUGCAUCAUAUGCAACGUAGAAGUCUGCAAGGCCUGUUCCAUGAGGAAAUGGACGUUGAAUAUUAGACGCAUUGUCGAAAACAAGCGACGUAAGGACCUUGCCCACCGACGGUAGAUGGAUCGAUCCGAGUGUCGCCUGCCAGGGAGCAUAUGUUGCCCAUAGACGACAGGUUUCGAAUACGCAUGCCAGGAUUACGGAAAGGCAGUGACGACGCAAAAGAUGUUUAGAUAAUCGUCGCAAUGGUGGUCUAGCGGGUCCACUUGGAAUUUGGUGGUGGUUCAGAAUUACCUGGGGGAAGUGACUCGUAAUGUCAGUCGACUAUGGGGAGAGGAGCCAGCCAAGGGAAACGCAUACGGAAGAAGCUUGACAAUGGCCAGUUCAGCUAUAUAGCUCAUCACUGAC